AUGUAUUUAAGGCAGAAUUAUUUAAGUAGCACAGCACGUGCUGUGUUGAAUGUAACUCUGAAUCCAACAAAGGCCAUCACUGACAAUCAGGACAAGACGCUUAAUGUCAUACAUGUCAUCGAAGUCAAUCAAAAUGACGGCAUAGACAAAUUUGCUUCCUCUGCGGUCAGUGCGUUAAACGAUUGCGUUGCAUUUCCUUAUUACCUGGUUUAG